UAGUUCCCAUUCAGUUCCCAUUUUUAGAAACACGCGCAUUGAAGUCUGUGUUUGCUUCACUGUCGAGGAAGCUCCUGUAAACACACAGCCUGGAGUCUGGCUGCUAUUUCUGGCGUCCCCUAGUGAUAAUCGUGUUUUGUUCAACUCAACAACGCAGCCCAAGUAGCCGGUGGUUGACUUUUUGAGGAGUUUAGACGAUUUACUUCUCUGUGUAUAGUAGCUUUAGCCAGCUAACAUCUUUCCUUUCCACUUGCCAUUUGAGUUGCUUUGACGAUUUCGUUAAUGGAAAAUCCGCCAACUUGUGCAUAUCUAUUUUUUUUUAGAAGUUAGGGAUAAUCCAAUUUUGGAAUUCUUGGUGAAGUUUCUUGCCUUGACCAAGAAAAGAAGGCAAGACAUUACAACCCAGCCGAUGACAAAAAGAGAAUACUUUGGAGCUACAUCAAGACACACCAAGUUAUUUCCUCCACAACAUGACCGGUGCUUGUUAGACUCUCGGUAAGGACUAUACCAAUAUCUGAAAGAUGAAGCUCGACACCAUGCAGGACUGCAUCACCUAUGUCUAGAGGGUAACAUACUCUACGGUGCUGUAGGGAGGGUGAGAGCAUCUCAUCACCAUGACAAGCAAGGCGACCAAGGCCUUGAGGGGCCUGAAGACACUGCAAGCGGAUGAGAUAGGUGUUCUGAAGAGCAUGAAAGCAUCGGAGAUGAGCAGUGAUAUCAGAUGCCAGAAUCACGCCGCGAAGGAAGCACUGCGAAAGCAGGUCAACAUCUGGUAUCAAGACCAACACGAUGCCGUGAGGAAACUGUCUCAAAAUCAGCAACAAGCUUUCAGUAAACUCAUCAAAUUUCAGAAUGAGAAGAGAAAGAUACAGAGGCAAUCAUACAUACAGAAACAACGAGCAAUACAACAGACACUACGAGAGCAGGCCAUCAAAGAUCGGGAAGCAGCGGCCAGAAAGUUUCUUGAGAGCACCAUAAAGAAGGGCAAGAAGAAAAUUGUCGAGAGACAAAAGGAGAAAAUGGAGAUGAAACUUGGAGAUAUAGAAGAAAAUGAAGAGGAGGCCAUUGAUGUCGGAGAUGGGUCGAAUGCAAAGACGUUGGUCAGCGACGAAUCGGUUGACGAAGGCUACAAGAUGGUUGAAGAAAACAGGGACAAACCUAAGACAGAAAUUCAAGGGGAUCUUCCAGGAAGAGAGUCGGUCGACAGCGGAAUUGUGACACAUUCGCUCAACUCUCAAAACUCAUUUGCCAAAAUUGCCGAGAAACUGCCACAUGAUCAAUUAAUAGUAUCAGAAGACUUUGCGAGCAAAAGAGACAGGAAAGUGACAUUUGUCGAAGAUGAAACCGGCGAGGAGAGGAAAUUAGUUCACAAUAAGAUUAAUGACGUGAUGACAACGCCUCUUAGUAUAUCACAUCAUCGUGUGACAGUCAUUGAUGGGGAAACGGGUCAUGUUGAAAUCCUUCCACGGCAGAAAACUCGAGUUGUAGACGAAUCAGCUUUCCUAAGGAAGCGAGUGGGCGACAUGUCUCUCAGAUCAAACAGAAUCCCCGACAUUCACCGGGCCCAUCUCAGGCCCAGCACGUCAGAGAGAAAGGGACAGGACGGUUUUGAUGAUGAAGAUGCGGUUGCUAUGCCGACGAGGACAGACUCUGAUCUUGAUCGCAUCAAGGCAAUCGCGCGCGAAAAUGGUAACUCGCACUUUCACAACGCAGACGACACCGUUACGCUAUCGCGAAUGAACACGACCAGCUCAAUCUUGCCGCCAAUCAGUGAAGAUGCACAGAUCAGUAUACAAGCAGACGAGACGCAGAAUCGCUUAAGAGUGAUCGAUCAAACAGGAAAGACUGAUCACGUGGGUAGCGACAAUUCCGCUGUUGAUACAUCUCCCGCCAAAAGUUUACUAUCGUCUGUCGGUGAUGAGCUUUAUGAUCAGUCGGUGAAUGGCAGCGAUGAGGAAGAGGUGCUUGCCUCUGGGGAUGACGAUGAUGAUGAUGACGCGGUUAGGAGAGAUAAAAUUCGAGAGAAGAGGAUGAGGGAGAGACGAAAGUUGGAGGAUGAUAUGCAUAAAUACCAUGUGGGGAUUGCCAACAGGACGUUUAAAGUACCACAAUAUGAAGUCCCUCCGGUGCCUCGUGUCCCCGUUUACACUCGUAACUCGGUUGGGAGUCUGGUUGCCAGCGAGAAGACUGUCAAGCUUGCUUCGGAAGACUUCAAGCUCCCGUCCCGUCGGCAGGAGUAUCUCAUCAAGAAGGCGCUGGAGUGGGAGGAGGCGAGGAAGGAGGUCAGGGAGAAAAAACUACGAGAAUUUCUUGCCAAGAUGAAAAAUUCAGAACAAAGCAUACCGGCGAAAAAUGACCUGACCAAACUAGCGAAACGCCGGGAGCCUUUCCAAACUCAGAAACGAGAUAGCAUUAGCCACAAUACCAUGAAAUCGACCAUCUUCGGUCGCGCCUUGGUGACUGGGUCCAGAUACACAGGGGAGACCACCGACGUCAACGACCUCCGGAACUGUCGUUACAUUCGGCAGACAAGCAUUGAUACUACAUCGAGUAGCAGCGUGGAUGAAUCUUACGAGAUGAGGAGGAGAAAGAGAGCCUUGGAUAAGGUAUCAAGUUGGGGAUCGCUUGGUGCGCCUCACGGUGGAUCGUCUAGGACUAAGAAAAGGACAUCGAGACCGUAUGUGUCGCUAUGACCAGUGACGCGGCUUUGGGGGAACCGGGGGGGGGGGUAUGUAGAGAGAAGGAGGAAGAGAGAGGUGAAAUCAAUGUGGUCUUCAUCUCUUCCUUUAUAUUAACCUGGACUAGACAUACGGUCCUACGCAAUGUUACAGCAUAAUGAUCUCAAAGAGAGGAAGUUUUUUGUUUGUUUUGUAAUGGCAAUCAGUCAAGAACUGACUUUAAUCACCAACGCCUUUCUUUUUAAUAUUACAUAUUAAUUUCCUUCUUUCUCUUGAGCUUGAUAAACUACAUUAAUAUGAGAAAAAAGUUAGAAUUGUCAUUGGAAAGAGACAUAGUCUCAUGAUUCGUGGUUCUUAAUGUUGGAAGCAUAGCGAUUAUCGCGUAUGCGUCCUUACAGUAUUUGUGACUGCUUAUAUG